GCGAAAGCGGAAGUAGACAAUAGCACGCCGGUAAGUGAAUGACGGACCAGAUGAAGGUGAAUUGUGGAGCUGAAUAAGGAUUUAAGGUGGCGAUAAAAGCAUCUUUUACAGAAUCAGACUGAACUGCGGCAGAGUCUCUGGCUAAAGAGUUUGUGCACCUCACAUGGCCGUGCGACUGCUGAAAGUGUCGUCUGUCACGACUGCGCUCAUCGCCUCGUCCGGAUUUUACCUGUUCUCCCAGAAACUUGACCUCAAUGACCUCAGCAUCGUCAGGUUCGGCCGAGCUGCUGCUACGACGGCGGUCAUCAGUUAUGAUUAUCUCACCACUCUGCGUGAGGCUCAGUACGGGACAGAAGAGUACUGGAGCCUUAAAUCACAGGUACACAGACGCUCAGCUGAAAGACUCAGAGACUUGUGCUGCGCGAACCGAGGCACGUUCAUUAAGGUGGGGCAGCACCUGGGCGCUCUGGACUACCUCCUGCCCGAGGAGUACACGAGCACGCUGAAGAUCCUCCACAGUCGAGCUCCCGCCAGCACCAUGCAGGAGAUCCAAGAGGUCAUCAGAGAAGAUCUGGGCAAAGAGCUGGACGAGUUGUUCGUGAGCUUCGAGGAGAAGCCGCGAGGGGCGGCGUCUCUCGCUCAGGUCCACAGGGCCGUCCUGGCUAACGGCACCACCGUGGCGGUCAAGGUGCAGCAUCCCAAAGUUCAGGCUCAGAGCUCCAAGGACAUCAUGGUGAUGGAGUUUCUCUUGCAGGUGGUUCAUUGGCUCUUUCCAGAUUUCGCGUUUAUGUGGCUAGUAGAAGAAGCUAAACGAAACAUGCCCCUCGAGCUCGACUUCCUCAACGAGGGGAGAAACGCUGAGAAAGUGUCCCACAUGCUCAAGCACUUUAACUUCCUCAAGGUACCAAAGAUCCACUGGGACCUUUCAACCAGACGGGUCCUGACCAUGGACUUUGUGGAUGGGGGACAGGUGAACGACCGCGAGUACAUGAGAGACCACGGAAUUGACGUCAACGAGAUCUCCAGGAACCUGGGCAGAAUGUACAGCGAGAUGAUAUUCGUGAACGGAUUCGUGCACUGCGACCCUCACCCCGGCAACGUGCUGGUGCGAAAGUGCCCGAAAAGCAAUAAGACGGAAAUUGUUUUACUCGAUCACGGCUUGUAUCAGUUGCUGAAGCCGGAGUUUCGUCUGGAUUACUGCAGACUGUGGCAGAGUCUCAUAAAGGGAGACAUGAAGGGUAUUGAGCGCUACAGCAGGCGUCUGGAAGCCGGAGACCUGUACCCGCUGUUCGCCUGCGUCCUCACGGGCCGCUCCUGGAGUUCAGUCAGCACCGGCAUCAGCCAGACGCCAGUCACAAGCGCUGAGGAUGUGGAGAUCCGCACGAACGCGGCGCUGUACCUCCCUCAGAUCAGCGAGCUGUUGAACAGAGUUCCUCGGCAGAUGCUGCUGCUGCUGAAGACCAACGACCUCCUGAGGGGCAUCGAGACGGUUCUGCAGACCCGCGCCAGCUCCAGCGCCUUCAUCAGCAUGAGCCGCUGCUGUACACGAGCACUCGCCAGUUAUAAGAGAAGUAAGACCGACUCGAGGAUGAGGAGGCUGCAGAUCAGCGUGUCCGAAGCUCUCUCUCUGUGUCAGAUCAGUCUGUAUGAAGUGGUCUUGUGGAUUCGGAGCUCAUCGUUGGUGAAGUGGAUGUGUUACACGCUCGGCUGUUUGCCCUUCAUGCACUGAGGGGGUUAAAAUGGGUUAAAAACGGACUGCCGCACUGCCUCGCUGCCUCUCCUCCGUCUCGUCAUCACUCCAUCCACACGGAGACGCGAGAGUCACAGAGUUAAACCUGGAACUGCUGUUUAUCAUCAUUGUAAUCAGUCAAACUCAUGUUGUACAGAUGUGAUGUAUUUGAUCAUUUGAAAUAAAAAAACACACACAAAUACACACUGUAUGUCAUUUAAAUAUAUCUGGAAAAUAUCAGCAGGUGUAAAUAAAAUCUGAUGGUGCAUUUACUAUCGAUAGAAACAGAAAUAAAGUAAAUUGCGUGUAAAAUGACCUCGAGAGCGAUUCAGUCCUCCAAUCAGGACAGAUCAACAUUAACUAGCGCUAGCCUUGGAUCGCAGAGUUAGCGUAACGUCACGGAUGUUCAUGAAACGUUUAAUAUUUAUGUUACGUUCGCUCCACCCAUAGCGUCCGGGUUUAAUCUGUGUGGGUUUCCUAAACACGUCACAUUUCGGAUUGUUUUAUUCCUCCCUAUAUUCCAUGCUAAUUUGCAUAUUUUCAGACCUAGCUGAAUAAAUUUCUAGUUAGCAUUUGUAAUGACAUAAAUUGUUGUUAGCAAGCUGGCUAACAAUGUUCUGAUUAAACUUACCUGAUUGCACUGAUUGCAGGAGCGUGACC